AUGCCGCCCAAGCGCAAAGGAAAAGGACAAGCGGCGGCGGGGCAACAGUCAUCGAAUACAGUGUCUGUAAUCAUCCCAUCUGCGCUCUAUCUUGGACCCUGUUCGUCUGCGUCCUCCGCCCCUUUCCUCUCCUCCAACUCGAUAAACCAUGUUCUGAGCAUCGGCAUCACCCCGUCUCCCAAAGUUGACAAUGUAACCUACCACAGGCUCGGACUGAACGACUCCGCCUUGUCCUCCAUCUCAUCCACCAUCGACGCUGCGACGAAGAUCAUCGAUGACGCCCUGAAGUCCAAAGGGGGCAGUGGACGGAUUCUCGUACACUGUUCCGCUGGAGUGUCCCGUUCGCCCACCGUUGUCGUUGGAUAUCUCAUGAAGCGAAGAGAGAUGUCCCUCAGGGAGGCUUUGGGACUCGUUCUCUGUGCGAGGCCACAGGUGUCGCCGAAUCAUGGAUUUCUGCAGCAACUGAAGGAUCUGGAAGUGGAACUCCGUGGCGGCGUAUCAACACUUGAUGUGGACGAGUUGCCCCGACGAGAAGUAGAUCGUCUGGCGUUGUUCAGUGACGUCGAGGACGCCGGGGUGACCGCGAGCUAA